GGAAGACUUUAAAACAGUUGCAGAUUUUGGUUUAGUCAAACCAACAUCAUGGUGUCAGAGAGAGAAGUGCUGGUGGCUGCUGCUGUUUUUGUUGUUGCCCUCAUUUCACAGAGUGAGGGUAUAAUUGGUGGCAGGGAGGCAGCACCACACUCUCGGCCUUACAUGGCCUCCAUCCAGAUGCCACAGGGAGAGAAUAUGACACACGAAUGUGGAGGGUUUGUGAUCGCACCUCAGUGGGUGAUGACUGCAGUACACUGUCUGCCGACCGGGCCAAAUGGGAGGAAAGUAGUGCUGGGUGUCCAUUCUCUGAGUGAACCCGAGGAGUCAAAGCAAACCUUUGACAUUUUGGAACUUCACAAUCACCCAGACUUCAACCCAUCAAAUUAUGAUAAUGACAUUGCUUUAAUUAAGUUGGAUCGUCCAUUUGAGAUCUCUGAAGCUGUUAAAACAGUGGAAUUCCUGCGAGCAGGAGGCACAAAUCCCGGCACUAAUGCAGAGGUCGACACAGCUGGCUGGGGAUCCCUUGACAACCUGGGGUCCAGACCCGACAAGCUUAAAGAGGUGGUCAUCGAGGUGGUCAGCUCGGCUCGGUGCAGACGCAGUGACUACUUUGGCAGAAAGUUCACUAAUAACAUGAUCUGUGCGCACAAAGUGUGUCCAGACCCCUGUAAUCAGCCGCAUAAGAAAGAAGACAGUUGUGAUGGUGAUUCUGGGGGUCCUCUCCUCUACAAUGGCAUUGUAGUGGGCAUCACUUCCAAUGGUGGAAAGAAGUGUGGCCAAAUAAAAAAGCCUGGAAUUUACACUAUUAUCUCCCACUACACUGAGUGGAUUGACAACACCAUGGCCUUACAGCCUACUGCCCCGGAUGACCAGAGCAGUUAAAUAAAGAACAGCAGACACUACAGUUGAUUAAUAAAUCAUUCAAAUUUUAUAUGAUUAUUGUAUGAUUUUUGUAUAUUGUAUCGCACCUUUGGUACAAUGCUUUACCAUAUGAUUGCAAGCUGACAAUAAAACAAAGAA